AUGAUUCAUAAGGCAACACAUGAGUCAAAUAAAGAUGAUGCAAGUUCAGAGCCAGUGAAUGCUGCAAGGUCACCACUACCUUUCCCCCAAAGAUUGCAGAAGAAGAACGAUGGUCGCAUGUUUAACAAAUUUCUCUCUAUGUUGAGCUUGGUUCAAUUGAAUAUUCCAUUAGUAGAUGUACUUCACGAAAUUCCAAAGUAUGCUAAGUACAUCAAGGACAGAUCCAUAGGUUACCCUGAAGGAGUGAUUGAAAAUGUGUUGCUGCAAAUUGGGAAAUUCAUCUUCCCAUCAGACUUCAUUAUCCUAGAUUAUGAGGCUGAUGAACAAGUUCCAAUUAUAUUGGGACGAACUGUCAUGGCUACAUGUGAUUCAAUUGUUAAAGUGAGAGAGGGAAAAAUGAUUAUGAGGAUGGACAAUGAGGAAGUAGUCUUUAAUUCCUACAAGGCAAUCCAACUUCCCUGCCAUUAUGAGGAGUUCUCUAUGAUAUCUGUUGUUGAGGUGGAUGGGAAACUUAUCAACAUGAGUGUAUAUCUAGAUGAUUCUUUAGAGAAAGCACUCAUGUUGUUCGAUAGCUUGGAGAUUGAUGAUAAGGUUGAGGAGAUGAUGCAUAACCUAGAUGCAUCCUAUACUUACAUACAUAGAUUAAACCCCUUUGAGCCCCUAAAUAGGCCAAGUGGGACUCCUCCAAAGCUGUUAAUUGAAGAAGCUCCAAAAUUGGAUCUUAAAUUGCAGGAAGAAAAGCUAGUGAGAGUGCUACGCGAGCACAUACGAGCAAUUGGGUGGACGAUGUCUGACAUAAGAGGCAUUAUUGCAUCCUUCUGUAUGUAUAAAAUCCUCAUGGCGGAAGGGCACAAGCCGAGUGUAGAGCAACAAUGCUGCCUAAAUCCAAUCAUAAAAGAGGUGCUAAGAAAAGAAGUGAUUAAGUGGCUUGACACAAUGCUUCUUGAGAAAGAUACCCUCUUCAAGUUUGAUGAUGCUUGUAUGAACGCAUUUGAGAAGCUGAAGGGAAGAUUGGUGAUUGGGCCAAUUAUCAUUGCCCCAGAUUGGGCGCAACCAUUUGAGUUGAUGUGCGAUGCGACUGACAUAGCAAUCAGAGUUGUUUUGGGGCAAAGGAGGGAUAAAGUUUUUCACUCCAUUUAUUACGUGAGAAAAACUCUGAAUCCAGCACAGAUGAACUACACUAUUACUGAAAAAGAGUGCCAAAUAAUCGGAACAAUCACGAAGAAGCACGAGAUGCCUUUGCAAAAUAUUCUGGCAGUAGAGCUCUUUGAUGUUUGGGAGAUUUAUUUCAUAGGACCGUUCCCAUACUCUAAUGGUCACAAGCACAUCUUGGCGGCGGUCGGCUAUAUGUCUAAGCGGGUGGAGUCCAUAGCUCUUCCUACUAAUGACGCAAACGUAGUGGUAAAAUUUGUAAAAAAGCACAUCUUCACACGCUUUGGGACUCCAAGGGUGCUGAUAAGUGACAGAGGAACUCACUUCUGUAACAAGUUGUUGAAUAAUGUUUUAGUAAAGUAUGGAUUUAAGAACAAGGUUACCACCGUCUAUCACCCCCAAACGAGUGGUCAAGCGAAAGUGUCAAACAAAGAGGUGAAGCAUAUUCUGGAGAAAACGGUAAGUGGAAAUAGGAAGGACUGGGCCGCAAAGCUGGAUGAUGCAUUAUGGGCAUAUGGAACUGCAUACAAGACACCCAUAGGUCCUUUCGUUGUGGUAAGUGUGAGGUCCCAUGGAGCGGUGGAAUUGCGUGAUAUGAGCUCAAGUGGUACCUUCUUGGUAAAUGGGCAGAGAGUAAAACAUUAUUGGGGUGGUGACAUCGCACGUCACAAGACCUCGGUGGACUUGGCUAGUGCUUGA